AUGCUCCUCGAGACAACAAAGAGCGUGUUGGAGGGCAGAAACUGCGCGUGUCCGUCAGCUUUACCCGGUGAUAGUUUAACACGCGCAGUGCGAUUCAGCAGGUAUGCUGACAACCGCGGGAAAACAGUGGACAGACAAGUGCCUGUAAACCAGCUAGUCGCUCUCCGUGAAGUCGUAUUUGUUAUGCAGAGCCAGAGGAACUCCUACCACGCCCAGAGGGCAGGGCAGAGGAGAGCUCAUCUUUUCCAUCAAGCACAGAGCCUCAAACAGGGCUCGCCAGAUGUCGUGUUUCUCCACGAGCUGUCAGAAUACGACGGAAACUGGGGGAUUCUUCCUGCGCUGCCUCGUCUGGCUGAAGGCUACUGCCGGAGUUCAUCGUGGAUCUUCUUCCUGGAGGAGGAGACUGUCGUGGAUUUGGCCAGACUGCUGGGGGUGCUCAGCAAAUUCAGCUCGGGGAGGGAGUGGUUUCUGGGAAGGGCCCUGUAUGAUGUUGAAGCAACUAUCAUCCACCACUACGCUUUUUCGGAUGAGCCAGCCGGUUUCGGCUACCCCGACUUUAUUGCCGGCUGGGCCCUCAGCUGCCCGCUGGUCAAGAGACUAGCUGACUAUGUGAAAUAUGAGCCGCCCAAGUCGGAUUUCACCAUUGACCCUAAACACGAGAUCGCUCUGUAUAUCUGGGAGGAAGGAAGAGGACCUGCUUUGACUGAUGUUGGCGAGUUCUGCUCAGAACUGCAUGGAUCUCCCAGCACCAGCCACUGUGCUUCUACUGUCAACAGUUACCUGCCCAGCUGCGGGAACCCAGUGGAGAAAGAGGACCUCUUUGUUGCAGUGAAGACCUGUCAGAAAUUCCACCAUGAUAGAGUGCCAAUCGUGAAGAAAACAUGGGCGAAAGAUGCUGCACUGCUGGAGUUUUACAGUGAUGUCACUGACCCAGCCAUCCCCACCAUUGACCUGGGAGUGCCCAACACAGAGAGGGGGCACUGUGCCAAGACGUUUGCCAUCUUGAGGAGAUUCAUUAGCGGAGAUGUGACUCGAGCGUCAUGGCUGCUUUUAGUGGACGACGACACGUUGAUCAGCUUGCCCAGACUACGGAGGCUCCUGCGCUGCUAUGACCCCAGCGAGGCAGUCAGCGUCGGAGAGCGCUACGGCUACGGGCUCAGCCAGGGUGGCUAUAGCUAUAUCACCGGCGGAGGAGGAAUGGUGUUCAGCAGAGAGACAGUGCUGAGGAUCCUCUCCAGUGGCUGUGCCUGUUAUAGUCCAGACGCUCCAGAUGACAUGGUGUUAGGGAUGUGCCUCAAUACUUUAGGACUAUCAGUCACACACAGCCCACAAUUUCACCAGGCCCGUCCAGACGAUUACCCCAAAGAGGUCCUGAUCCGCCAGAGCCCAAUCUCCUUCCACAAACACUGGAACAUCGAUCCUGUUGCCGUGUACCAGCAGUGGCUGAUGGACACUAAGGAGCCAUUUCAGCGUCUGUUAGGGAGAGAAUUCAGGCAGGAACUUUAAGUGGGUUUAUAAACGUUGUGAGCGUAAAGUUUUGGAAAAUUAUGUUUUUAGUUCUGGCAGUCAUUCAGCAAUCCAUUCAGCCAAUCAUGUGGGAGCAGAGCAGUGCUGAAAAUCAUGCAGACACGGAUCAAGAGCUUCAGUCAGUGUUCACAUUAGUGAUGCACAAUCACAAUCGGAAAUCUUCAGUCAGUCAUUGUUUUUAUUUUCACAGAUCUGGUUUGCAAUUUUAUGAUGUAUGUAAUAAGUCUAUGGGCAAAUAUAGGCAAAACCAGCCAAAAAAGAAAUUAAAAUUAAAACAAUAAAAUGUAAAUGCAAACCUCUUUUUCCAAACAUCUGCACAGGCCAUUUGGUCUGAGGCCGUUUGGUCUGAUGUUCAGUUACACAAGGUCUGAGACAUGUCAGUGGUUUUUCUCGAGACUCAAAGUCGUUUAGCUUGAGGAAUGAUGCCGUUCUGACUCUGAGGUCUGAGGAUGUCCUAAAAUGUACCCCAUAGCCCCGCCUAGUGCUAAUUAACAAUUAUUUGUAUGUCAGUCAAUUUGAACAUGAAAAAGCAAAGUGUGAAAUGAACGUAAAUCUCCAGCAGGUGGCACCGACGUUCGUUUGCAUUUGCUUU